AUAUCAUUUGGGUAACUUACUUGGACCGAAUGUGCGUUCAUAUUUUGCCUAUAAAUAUAAAAACCUUUCGUAAUUCUGUACUAGUAUCACUCAAGAAGUUCUUAAGUUCGUUUAGCUUAAACUCAAUUUGUAACAAUCCGACAACAUGAAAGUUUUCAUUGUAUUGACCAUCUUGGCUGCUGGUGCCUAUGCCGCUGAAGAGCAAAACCAGGAAACUGCCAAGACUAAGCGUGGAUUAGCGUUCGGUUAUGGACAUGGACCAGUUCUUGCACCAGGCUUUGCCGCUCCAGCUUAUGCAGCUCCAGCCUAUGCAGCUCCAGCGUAUGCAGCUCCAGCUUAUGCUGCUCCAGCGGUGGUUGCCCACGCACCCGCUGUUGUAGCGCCAGCACCUGCUGUAGUUGCUGCCGGUUAUCCUUCGCCUUAUGCACGUGUUGCUUCUUAUAGCAUAGCCCAUCAUGCUCCAGCUGUAGUUGCUCAUGCUCCAGUUGCUGUCGCACAUGCUCCACUCGCUUAUGCCCAUCACUUCAAAUAAAUUUGACAUUUGAGCGGUUUUGUGCGGAAAAUGAUUAGUUGAAGAAAAUUUGCAAUCAAAUGGGAAUAAAGUUGUUUGAAUGUUGUUA